AUACGCGUACACGCUCAAAGGCUGACCAAUUUGUAUAUAUAUAACAUUUUGAAAAGGACUAACUUAUCGAUUACUUUUACAAAAAAAAAGGGCCAAUUUCUACCAAACUAUUGAACUAGUAUUUUAAAAAAAAGCAAACAGCACGUGGGUAUGUUUGGUACCAUUCAGUUACAAGUGUUAAUAUAACAUUUUAAAUGCAUAAAGUUAAAACACUAAAACAAAAAUCGUUGUCGGUUAGCUUCCUGCAGUAAAUAAUAAUUCUACGUACCUCUCAAUAAUGGAUUCAAACAGCGAAGAAUCCAGCGACAUGGAAAAUACAAUUUCUGACGAUAUAUUAAGCGAUAAUGGUUUCAAGGAGGAGCCUGACCACAGUGCAGGAAAGAAGCGAAAAGUACCUCAAUCAAAUAAUGAGUCGAAUACGAAAAAAGAAAAAGUCCAAACACAAUGAAAGUGUGAAACCACCAACAUUGGAGGAAAUUAAGGAGCUGAGUGAUACGCGCAAUCUGUUUCAUUCGAAUUUGUUCAAGCUGCAGGUCAAAGAAAUGCUUGAUGAGAUUCAAAUUAAGCCCAAAUACAACAGUUUCAUUAGCAUCUGGCUAGAAUCGCUUGUGAUUGCAUUGGAAGAACUGGAUGACGGAUUAUUGGACAAAUGUCAGCUUGAGGUCCCUCUGCACCUCAACAAGAAAUCUUUUAACUUCCAAUUCAUUGCGCCAUCAGCGCCGCCAAAAUUCAUUGGUUCCGCAACGACUGAAACUCUUCUGGGUCCCAAUAUUGUUGUGGAUGUUGCUCUUGAAAUGCCCGCUGCUUGUUUCCAAAAAGAUGAUUAUCUUAACUUGGUGUACGAUCAAAAGCGCGCUCUUUAUCUGGCAUACGUGGCGAGCAAAUUAAAGCAAAACACUGCAUUUUCAGCGGAUAAGUUUGCCUACAAUUACCAUGCGAAUAAUCCUCUAAAACCCGUGCUAGAGAUGACGCCGGGCUCGAAGGUGGGCAGCCACGUGAUGUUCCGCCUGUAUAUAACGGCGCCCGCAACUGUCUUUCAACUGAGUCGCUUUGUGCCCUGCAAUAACAACGUUCGGCCUUCAGUCUUUGGUGAUAAAAGCCCGAAGAACUCGAAUGAAGCAUUGCCAGCCACCCAGCAUUACAACGCCAAUGUUUUAUUCGAUCUUACACUGGUACAGAAUCAAACUCUGCUCCUCAACGCAUUCACGGGAAGACGUAACUUCCAAGAAGGCUUGUUGUUGCUUAAGGUUUGGUUGCGACAACGCCAGCUGGAUGUAGGCUACAGUGGUUUUAGUGCUCACAUCUUGGCUGCGUACAUUGUGUAUUUGUCGCAAAACCGUUUAUUGCAUCAAUCGAGCAGCAGCUACCAGGUGGCCCGCACAGUUUGGAAUCAGUUGGCCAACAGCAAUUGGACUCAAGGCAUAACGUUGGCGCCGCAACAGCCACAGCAAUUGCAGUUAAGCACUGUAGCCAAAUACUUUGAUGUGUGCUUCAUGGAUGUAACGGGGUACUUCAAUCUAUGCGCUAACUUGCCACUUGCUGUGUAUAAGGCGGUUUGUAUGGAGGCCAAACUGGCAGUGGAAUUGCUGAAUGACAUCAAAGUUAAUAGUUUCUCGCACAUAUUCAUGCAAAAGUCGCCGCUCUAUUCGCGCAUGGACAACUUUCUGAAAAUAACGAAUGGAGCAAGUGUGGAUCAGCUGCUCCAGCUACACGUGCCACCUCACGUUAAGUAUGAUUAUGCAAACUGCGCUUAUCCACAGCUGCUCAAGCUACUCACAGACUUACUGCAAAAGGGAUUGGGUCAACGGGUUCACGCCAUUUUGCCAUUGGAGGUGCCAUCUAGCCCAUGGUCAGUAGACUCUAAAGCGCCAGUGAUUGGUCGCAGCCUGCUCUUGGGUCUCAUCUUGGAUCCGGAACAUGCAUACGAAGUGCUUGAUAAGGGACCUUCGACCAACCAGGACCCCGAUGGUGCUGCCGAAUUUCGCAAAUUUUGGGGCGAUAAAUCGAAUCUACGCCGCUUUCAAGAUGGUAGCAUAACGGAGGCCGUUGUGUGGGCAGCUGCGACAGAUGCUCCAAGUCAAAAACGUUUGAUUGUCAAGCAAAUAGUGUUACAUCUGCUGGAGCAUCAACUGCAACUAGACCCCAACGAUGUGCAAUACGUGGCCGGCGAACUGGAUGUCGUAUAUUCGUUGACACCUUCCUUCAAGGUGGCGAAAUUGCAAACAAAACUGAAGAUUCAGCAAGAAACGGAUGCCGAGACUCUAACAUCCCCUGUCAUUCACUGUUAUGAUGCUUUAGCACGACAGCUACACAAUCUAGGCGAUUUGCCCCUAGAAAUUGUAUCGAUUUCUGGUAUUUCACCCGUCUUCCGUUACUGCGAGCCAGAGCCCACGUUGCCACAAUCUCGUUUAAUAGCGGAACGGAUACAUGCUUCGCAGGUGCUGGACGUCAUUAUCCAAUUGGGUCCGAGUGGAAAGUGGCCCAAUGAGUUGGCGGCAUUACGUAACCUGAAGACUGCCUUUCUCAUACAGAUCGGACAGCAGCUUGAGACACAGUAUAAACUACACUGGCUGCUCUGUGAAAAGGGUUUGAUGGUGUUGAAACAAGGUUAUUGUUUCCUCUUGCAGUUGGCUCAUAGCAAGGAACUGGCGUUGCUCAAACAACAGCAAACAGAGCGUGGCGUCAUCACCUAUGUGGACAAUCCAGCGAGUCGUGCUCUAGAACGUCAGCAUUACAUACUGCCUAAAGUAAACGGUGCUCUGCAUGCUCUGCAUCAAUCCCAUCGUGCAUUUGGACCCACAGUGCUUAUUGCAAAGCGAUGGAUAGCAGCCCAGCUGCUGGACGAGGGUUUGUGGCCAAGUAUAGCAACGGAGUUGCUAGUCGCACAUCUUUUCCAGCAACGGCAGUCGCCGCACUCAACUGUAGCGCCCCAGACGGGGUUUAUUCGCUUCCUGCAGUUGAUUGCCCACACCGACUGGAAUGGCGAACUGUUUUUGCUUAAUUUCAACAAUAGCUGGGCAGAGCAACAAGUAACCGAUCUAGAGCACAGCUAUCGCAGUGAAAGACAGAGCUAUCCUCCACUAUGCUUAGCCACCGCGUACGAUCAGAAGCAUGCGGGUCGACUGUGGACUAGUGAUGAGUUGCCCAACAAGCCAGUUCUGGCUCGAGUAACGCUGCUAGCUCGUCAUGCCCUGCAACUCAUCGAGUCGAGCCUCUUGUCUGAGCGACUGGCAUUUGUGCGGCCUGCACAGCUAUUUGUACCGUCCAGCGAGGGAUACGAUCUAGUUAUACAGCUCAAACCCGAUCUGGUUGCCAAUACUUUGUGCUUUGACUUUGGCUCACCAUUUGAACCUUUAAGUCAGCGCAAUUUCCGUUUGCCACUUGCGGGCAGUCAACAGUUAGCGCAGAUAGUACAACAAUUGAGGGCGGCCUACUCGGAGCAUGCGGCAUUCUUUUUCAACCCGCACGGCGGUAAGGAGUUAGCUAUUAUAUGGCGACCCGCCAAUGAAUUCGCACCAAAGCCUUUCAAAGUCAACGAGUUGCAAGCAUGCACGCCCUGCUUUAGUGGAAAAGUUCAGGUCGACAGAGAUACGCUGAUUGAAGAUUUUAAACUACUGCUGAAGGACUUUUAUUUGCGAGUAACCACUCCAGAACAAUUGAAGCGUGGACAACGAGAGCACAGCAAACCAAAACGUUACUUCAACGAGGUCAACAGGAAACCAUCAAAAAAGAAGGAAAAGGUUCAAAUACAACCUAAAAGUUCAAGGAAACGCUUGUUAAAAAGUAAAUUGCUUAGUGCUUUAUGUUAAGAUAUAUUGCAAUUAGGACAUACGACUAAAUACUUAACAAAACGCAUUGAACUGUAAAUACAAUUAUAGAAUUUGUAUUUUUAUUUUAUCGCUGA